GGAGUCAGUAAGGCAAAGCUCAGAGCAAGGCAGAGAUUUCAGCAGAGAGCAGGAGCACCAAAUACCACUUUCUUAUGGAAAAAUAGAUUCCAUCAAAUGAAGGAAUGAAGGAAGGACCUGGGUAGACCAUGAUGAGGGGCUCUCUUCAGCUGUUUAGGAUCAUGAAUGUAGGUUGGAAUAAUGGGAAAUGUUGUUCGUGGAGCUGCAGCCUUCAUCCCGUCAGACAGAUGUCAGAGAUACUUGGUGGGGGACUUAAAGGAGAUGCCCCUCGACUGUACUUUAGACCUGAGCAGUCACCAGCUGCGUCGCUUUCCCAUUAGAGCAUGUGCCUUCAGCGAACUUGUUAAACUUUACCUGAGUGAUAACCACCUGAGCAGUCUGCCUCCUGAGCUCCACAGCCUCCAAAAGCUUCAGCUUCUGGCUCUGGACUUCAACUGCUUCGAGGAGUUGCCUUCGGUUGUUUGCGACCUUAGGCAGCUCAACAUCCUCUACCUCGGCAAUAAUCGACUUUACAAACUGCCGAAGGAGCUGGCUCAGCUGACUGAACUAAAGACGCUGUGGUUGGAGACCAACUGCUUCAUGAAGUUCCCAUGUGUUGUAUGUAAGCUUCCCAACCUCAAGACCCUUCAUCUGGGCUACAAUCAGUUUCGUAGCUUGCCGGGUGAGCUGGUUAGGUUAAAUGAGCUGCGAAGCAUCUGGCUAGCAGGAAAUAUGCUGAAUGAAUUUCCACCAGUGUUCCUAGAAAUGCACUAUUUGGAAGUGAUUGACGUAGACAGGAACCGCAUACGCCGUUUUCCAGCUCUUACCCACUUGAGGGGACUGAAGCUGGUCAUCUAUGACCAUAACCCUUGCGUUAAUGCACCAUCAGUAGGGGAGGGUGUGAGGCGGGUGGGUCGGUGGGCUGACAGCUCUGAAGAUGAAAAUGAUGAAUCUGAGGUAAAGCUAGCUGAGGUGUCCAUAGAGGUGAGAGGACAGAUCCCAGAGAGUGAGUGAUGUGAAUGCUACAAGUACUAGGGUGUAUACAAUGCCUUUAGUCACACUGUAUCUCACAAUAUGAUAUGCAAGCAGUAAGACACUGACCAUUAAUACUCAAAUAUCAAUUCUAUAUGUGGUAUUAUAACAGGUACUUCCUAAUGCAACAAUAUUAUUGUUUAAUUAAAAUGUUUCAUCUGGAACAGUGAAAAAAUCAGAACAACAGCAGCUUCCAUUGUAGUAAAU